CCAAGUUUUGGUGUAGUGGUGUCAGUAAAGUAUAAAAUCUACACGAUAGUUAGUUCUCUCUCUUCAUUCUUUUCCUAUAUCUACAAUCUUCAUCUACUUUUUUAUUUCGUGGUGAGGUGCGAUAGAUCUCGUGUAAGAGCUCGGCAACUUCAGUUGUAACAGACUUGGCGCGAAUGACAAAAGCAGGAGGACAAAAGAGAUAGUCAACAGCUUCAGUUCUAGGAUUGUACUAUUGUAUGGAUUGUAUGAGCAUAACUAAAAUUGCUCAACCCGAAAGCAGAAGCCAGGCAACCUGGAAAGUCUAUUUGCAGCCUGCUCCGAUAAUUCCUUGCAACAAACCACAAAAACAAGCAAAAUCUACUCAAUCUUCUAUUAAAGCCUUUACUUCUUGCCGCAAUCUUUCCUUGCGUCUUCGACGCUCCCUAGGCUUGAUACAAGCAAAUAGACCUCAACAAGUUGAAAUCGUUGCUUUAGAGAGUGGAGGAGAGGAAGGGCGUCCUUCUAAAGUGAGAAGACGUUCAAAAGUCAAAGGAGUCCAGACAGACAUUCCACCAAGCGUAAUGGUGUCGUUGCCUUUGAUUGAGCUGGGAAUGAAACGACAAAGGCUACUAAACAUUCAAAAUGUUGAGGAAGGAGAGGAAUGUUCCCUUCACUCCAGCUCGUCCUCCUCUACUAAUUCAACUUCAAAUUCUUUAAUAUCAGGGGAUGGAAGAGAGGAAAAGUUGGAAGAGGGGGAUAAAAUGUCACUUUUGAAGAAAAAGGCGUCUUUAAGACAGCAGUCAAUGCCUGAGACGGCGUUUGAUGCGACGGAGUAA